UAAGAUACGUUAUCUGGGUUUAUCAUUUUAUUCUUGCCUAAUCUUAAGAAUUCUAACACUUCAUUCUGCCAGAGUACAUGAUGCAGAAGGAUCAGUCAUUGACCCUUGAUGAUGCAAAGGAUAAAUUGAAGCAGGCAGGUGUCCCGGAAGAUGAGAUGGCUGCUCUUGAGAGGCAAUUGGCCCCUGCAUCCAAAAAUCAAUUCUAAAGACAGCAGCAGAAAAGUGGGGUUUGUGAGUGCUGGGGUGGAGUCCCAGACUGAUGGAGGGAUGAAACCAGUUGCCACCGAAGACAUUGAUCUGCCAGAAGAAAGUGAUUCUGAAGAUGAAGAAAGAGUUGAAAUUGCACAGAAAGAUGUUCCAACUGCUGUAUUUGGAGGUCUUGUCAGGAAGAGAGACGAUGGUGACAGAGAUGCGGAUGAUGAUACUGUACCAGCCAAAGAUAGGGAAAGUGAGAGUCGUCUAGGAGCCCUUGAGAGAAUAAAGAGGCAGCAAAAAACUUGAUUUUAGUUACUAACCUUGUCUAAUUUUGAUUGCUGAUAUCUUUUGUUCAUUUACGACGCAUGUACCCUUUAAGCAUUUCUGACAUGCAUUAAGCUAGUGCCUGCCUGAAUAUACCGACAUUAUGAGUAAUUCCAAUUCUUGUGAUUACUGCCCCUGCAGCCAAAGUGCUGAACUUGGCCCUUGUUUUUCUUCAGCUCCUACGUCUACUUAUGAAAAAUAACCAGCUAUUUUGUAC